ACGGGUUGCCGUGAUUUCCUUGCCCCGUCUAGGACCUACUGUGGUGUUUGUCUUCACGAGAGCCUGCGGUGGAAAAAAAAAAAAAGUGAUGCUUCGAGGCUGGCAGUACCUCUGCAGACCCACCAGAUGGCGACUGUGGGAAGGAUGCCGAGCAGGACAAGAGAGGAAAAACUCCGUCAGGAGGGGUUAGGGCUUCCUGUAUGGAGGACCCGUCCGGAACAAUGCGCAUGCGAGGAGAGCCUGUGGUGGAAAAAAAAAAAAAAUAGUGAUGCUUCGAGGCUGGCAGUACCUCUGCAGACCCACCAGAUGGCGACUGUGGGAAGGAUGCCGAGCAGGACGAGAGAGGAAUAACUCCGUCAGGAGGGGUCAGGGCUUCCUGUAUGGAGGACCCGUCCGGAACAAUGCGCAUGCGAGGAGGUACUUCUCUGCUGCAAAGGGUUUUGGGGCUCGGAUGAAAAAAAAGAAAUCCGCGUUAGGAGCAGCCACCGGGUGCAUGCCCGAACGGAGACAUCUCCUGGAGGCCAAUGAAUCACAGACCUUGAGAGCCUGCGGUGGAAAAAAAAAAAAAGUGAUGCUUCGAGGCUGGCAGUACCUCUGCAGACCCACCAGAUGGCGACUGUGGGAAGGAUGCCGAGCAGGACGAGAGAGGAAGAACUCCGUCAGGAGGGGUCAGGGCUUCCUGUAUGGAGGACCCGUCCGGAACAAUGCGCAUGCGAGGAGGUACUUCUCUGCUGCAAAGGGUUUUUGGGGCUCGGAUAAAAAAAAGAAAUCCGCGUUAGGAGCAGCCACCGGGUGCAUAGCCUGCGGUGGAAAAAAAAAAAGUGAUGCUUCGAGGCUGGCAGUACAACUGCAGACCCACCAGAUGGCGACUGUGGGAAGGAUGCCAAGCAGGACAAGAGAGGAAAAACUCCGUCAGGAGGGGUCAGGGCUUCAUGUAUGGAGGACCCGUCCGGAACGAUGCGCAUGCGAGGAGAGCCUGCGGUGGAAAAAAAAAAAUAGUGAUGCUUCGAGGCUGGCAGUACCUCUGCAGACCCACCAGAUGGCGACUGUGGGAAGGAUGCCAAGCAGGACAAGAGAGGAAAAACUCCGUCAGGAGGGGUCAGGGCUUCAUGUAUGGAGGACCCGUCCGGAACGAUGCGCAUGCGAGGAGAGCCUGCGGUGGAAAAAAAAAAAAGUGAUGCUUCGAGGCUGGCAGUACCUCUGCAGACCCACCAGAUGGCGACUGUGGGAAGGAUGCCGAGCAGGACGAGAGAGGAAGAACUCCGUCAGGAGGGGUCAGGGCUUCCUGUAUGGAGGACCCGUCCGGAACAAUGCGCAUGCGAGGAGGUACUUCUCUGCUGCAAAGGGUUUUUGGGGCUCGGAUGAAAAAAAAGAAAUCCGCGUUAGGAGCAGCCACCGGGUGCAUGACCUACUGUGGUGUUUGUCUUCACUAGAGCCUGCGGUGGAAAAAAAAAAAAUAGUGAUGCUUCGAGGCUGGCAGUACCUCUGCAGACCCACCAGAUGGCGACUGUGGGAAGGAUGCCAAGCAGGACAAGAGAGGAAAAACUCCGUCAGGAGGGGUCAGGGCUUCAUGUAUGGAGGACCCGUCCGGAACGAUGCGCAGGCGAGGAGGUACUUCUCUGCUGCAAAGGGUUUUUGGGCCUCGGAUAUAAAAAAAAAGAAAUCCGCGUUAGUAGCAGCCACCGGGUGCAUGACCUACUGUGGUGUUUGUCUUCACUCGAGCCUGCGGUGGAAAAAAAAAAAAAGUGAUGCUUCGAGGCUGGCAGUACCUCUGCAGACCCACCAGAUGGCGACUGUGGGAAGGAUGCCGAGCAGGACGAGAGAGGAAGAACUCCGUCAGGAGGGGUCAGGGCUUCCUGUAUGGACGACCCGUCCGGAACAAUGCGCAUGCGAGGAGAGCCUGCGGUGGAAAAAAAAAAAAAGUGAUGCUUCGAGGCUGGCAGUACCUCUGCAGACCCACCAGAUGGCGACUGUGGGAAGGAUGCCGAGCAGGACAAGAGAGGAAGAACUCCGUCAGGAAGGGUCAGGGCUUCCUGUCUGGACGACCCGUCCGGAACGAUGCGCAUGCGAGGAGAGCCUGCGGUGGAAAAAAAAAAAAAAAGUGAUGCUUCGAGGCUGGCAGUACCUCUGCAGACCCACCAGAUGGCGACUGUGGGAAGGAUGCCGAGCAGGACGAGAGAGGAAGAACUCCGUCAGGAGGGGUCAGGGCUUCCUGUAUGGAGGACCCGUCCGGAACAAUGCGCAUGCGAGGAGGUACUUCUCUGCUGCAAAGGGUUUUUGGGGCUCGGAUGAAAAAAAAGAAAUCCGCGUUAGGAGCAGCCACCGGUUGCAUGACCUACUGUGGUGUUUGUCUUCACUUGAGCCUGCGGUGGAAAAAAAAAAAAUUGAUGCUUCGAGGCUGGCAGUACCUCUGCAGACCCACCAGAUGGCGACUGUGGGAAGGAUGCCGAGCAGGACGAGAGAGGAAGAACUCCGUCAGGAGGGUCAGGGCUUCCUGUAUGGAGGAUGCGUCCGGAACAAUGCGCAUGCGAGGAGGUACUUCUCUACUGCAAAGGGUUUUUGGGGCUCGGAUGAAAAAAAAAGAAAUCCGCGUUAGUAGCAGCCACCGGGUGCAUGUAAGUCGGUGGACCGGAAUCUGGCCACCUGCCCUGAUUUGUGUUUAACAUGAUUAGCAAUAUCAAUGUUUAGAAAGUUAGCAGUGUGCUAAACGUUGACGUAUAGCACACAUAGAACGCAUUGGCUAACAUACACAGACUGAUUUCACUGUUAGAAACCUGAUGUAAUGUUUGUAUAAAUUUAUGCAACAAGUGUGUAUAUAUAAAACGAUGGUUGUUCAUGAAGACAAGAAACGUUCUUGAACACUUUAUUAGGACACCUGGACUGUACAGAAUAGACUUUGUAUAAUAGGCACAACAGGUGCCUUUAUAAAAAUUAUAAAAAGACAUUCCGCUGCUUGCCAAACACGAGGAAAACGGGAAGAUUGGGCGGUAU